AUGACUGUCACAAAGAUGUCCUGGCGUCCGCAGUACCGAAGCUCCAAGUUCCGGAACGUGUACGGGAAGGUGGCCAACCGGGAGCACUGCUUCGAUGGGAUCCCCAUCACCAAGAACGUGCACGACAACCACUUCUGUGCCGUCAACGCCCGCUUCCUGGCCAUCGUCACCGAGAGCGCCGGAGGCGGCUCCUUCCUCGUCAUCCCCCUGGAGCAGACAGGCAGGAUUGAACCCAACUACCCCAAGGUCUGUGGUCACCAGGGGAAUGUGCUGGACAUCAAGUGGAACCCUUUCAUUGACAACAUCAUUGCCUCAUGCUCGGAGGACACGUCGGUGCGGAUCUGGGAGAUCCCCGAGGGCGGGCUGAAGCGGAACAUGACAGAGGCCCUCCUGGAGCUGCACGGGCACAGCCGGCGUGUGGGGCUGGUGGAGUGGCACCCCACCACCAACAACAUCCUGUUCAGCGCCGGCUAUGACUACAAGGUCCUCAUCUGGAACCUGGACGUGGGGGAGCCCGUGAAGAUGAUCGACUGCCACUCGGACGUGAUCCUCUGCAUGUCCUUCAACACGGACGGCAGCCUGCUCGCCACCACGUGCAAGGACAAGAAGCUGCGCGUGAUCGAGCCCCGCUCCGGCCGUGUUCUGCAGGAGGCCAGCUGCAAAAACCACAGAGUGAACCGGGUGGUGUUCCUGGGGAACAUGAAGCGGCUUCUCACGACGGGGGUCUCAAGGUGGAACACACGACAGAUUGCCCUCUGGGACCAGGAGGACCUCUCCAUGCCUCUGAUCGAGGAGGAAAUCGACGGGCUCUCCGGCCUCCUGUUCCCCUUCUAUGAUGCCGACACCCACAUGCUGUACCUGGCGGGAAAGGGAGAUGGAAACAUCCGGUACUAUGAGAUCAGCACGGAGAAGCCCUACUUGAGUUACCUCAUGGAGUUCCGCUCCCCAGCCCCGCAGAAAGGCCUAGGGGUCAUGCCCAAGCACGGGCUGGAUGUGUCGGCUUGUGAGGUAUUCCGCUUCUACAAGCUGGUGACUCUCAAGGGCCUGAUCGAACCCAUCUCCAUGAUCGUGCCCCGGAGGUCAGAUUCCUACCAGGAAGAUAUUUACCCCAUGACGCCAGGCACGGAGCCAGCUCUGACCCCUGAUGAAUGGCUGGGAGGCAUCAACCGAGAUCCCGUGCUGAUGUCUUUGAAAGAAGGUUAUAAGAAGUCCUCAAAAAUGGUAUUUAAGGCUCCUAUCAAAGAAAAGAAGAGUGUUGUGGUCAAUGGAAUAGAUUUAUUAGAAAAUGUCCCGCCCAGGACAGAGAACGAGCUCCUCCGAAUGUUCUUCCGGCAGCAGGAUGAGAUUCGGCGUUUGAAAGAGGAGCUGGCACAGAAGGACAUCCGCAUUCGGCAGCUCCAGCUGGAACUGAAGAACUUGCGUAACAGCCCCAAGAACUGUUAG